AUGGCCUCUCUCCUUUGUUCCACUCUCUUCCUCUCACUCAUCAUCUCCACCGUGGCCGCCCAAAACAGCCUCAUUCUCCCCAUCCGCAAAGACCCCAAAACCUCCCAACACAUCACCACAUUCCGAAUGGGGAGCAACCGCGCCGCCAUCAACGCCGUCGUCGACCUCGGCGGCCCCUUCCUCUGGUUCUCCUGCAAUGACUACUCUUCCGCCACCUACGCUCCCAUCCCCUGCGGCUCCGCCAAAUGCGAAGCCGCCAAGGGCAUCGGCUGCGUCAGCUGCAACCUCCCCCCGCGCCCCGGCUGCACCAACGACACCUGCGGCGCUUCCCCUUACAACCCUUUCCAAGACGUUCUCGUCACCGAAGGCUACGCUCUUGACACUUUCUACCCAAAAAGCGGCGCCGCGCUGCCGGAUUUUUCCUUCUCCUGUAUGGAUAAGGAAUACCUCGCCGGCCUCGCCGCCGGCGCCACCGGCAUGCUAGGCCUAGCUAAAACUCAAAUCUCUCUCCAUAAACAAGCUUCGGCGAAGCUUAAACUGGCGGACACUUUCUCUCUCUGCCUCCCUUCCUCCGGCGCCGGGAAAUUGGCAAUUGGAAUUAAACCUAAAUCGGUUAAAUCGACGCCGUUGAUUGUCAAUCCGGUUAGUACUUAUCCGAUCUACACGACCGGGGACGCAUCGGAUGAGUAUUUCAUAGAGGUGAAAGCGAUCGCCGUCGCCGGAGCUCGUCUCAAUUUGAAGGAUUCCUACUUCUCCAUUGACAAAAACGGAGUCGGCGGCACCAAAAUCAGCACGUUGCAGAAUUUCACGGCGGUGCAUAACUCGAUUUACAAGCCGCUGGCGAGGGCGUUUGCGAAGGCGGCGUCGGAUAUGAGGAUCAAGAGCGCGGCGGCGGUGGCGCCGUUCAGGGCGUGCUUCAGAUCGGAUUCGAUCGCGAGGACGGCGGCGGGGCCGGCGGUGCCGGAGAUUGAAUUGGUUUUGGGGGGGAAGGAUGCGACGACGUGGACGAUUAGGGGGGCGAAUGUGGUGGUGGAGAUUGAUGAGAAGACGACGUGCCUUGGAUUCGUGGACGGGGGAUCGAGUCCGAGGACGUCGGUGGUGAUCGGAGCGCAUCAGUUGGAGGAGAAUUUGGUGGAGUUUGAUCUGGUUUCGUCGCGCCUUCGUUUCAGUGAAAAUCUUUUGCUGAUGAACACCUCCUGUUCUAAGAUUUGAUUCAUCAAUUUCGUUGUGUUUUAUUACUGCUGUAUUGUUGUGGUGAAUUUCAAAUAAAUGUGUUAUGGAUUAAGAAAAAUUUAUUUGCUCCA